AUGGAAUUAACGUCAUCUUCGCAUACAAGUCUUGCUGGAAAUCUUGCCUCGAUUGCCUUCACUUUUGGUGAAGCUCUGGUGACCCUCUUUGCUUAUUUGGCUCAUGAUUGGCUACUUCUCAAAUGGAUUAUUAGUGGUUAUUUUGCUCUUAUUUUACCAUAUCUUUAUUUUGUUCCCGAAUCACCAUAUUGGUUAUUUAGUAGAAAAAACUACAAUCAACUUGAACAUUGUCUCAAUAAAAUAGCCACAAAGAAUGGCCGCACACGUGAUCAAUGGCAUCCAUAUUAUAUUAAGUUAAUUCAAGAUCCUGAUAUUGCCGCGCGACAAGUUAAACAUGCAGCACGAACAACUAAGGAAAAGUUUCUAAGACAUGUGCCUCUAUUGAUUCCUUGUGGAUUGAUCGGUUUUGUUGCCAUGCUUUUGUAUGUAAAAAUUUCCUAUGGACUCAGUGCCAUGAAUGAUGCAGUGAGUCCAUAUUGGAAUACCAUCAUUGGUGCAGCCGUUGAAGCUAUUGGAUAUUCAAAAUUUGUUGUUAGUUGUUGA